AUGUCUGGUGCGCUGGCUUUGCAGGAACUCCCUCCUAUAACCGCUUAUCUGGACCUACUAGAACCAUCAGUAGCCCAGUCCCACCACCAGGCCAACAGCCAGCAUUCCCAGCAAUCACAGCAUGCAAAUAUGCAGCCUACAACGGUACCCAAUCCUUCUGAAUCGCGACCUGCUAGGUCAAGGCGUGAACCGUUGUUACCAAGAUCACGGGCUGUCCGGACCCCACCCCCGUCAUCGAUAAUUAGUGCUGUUGCUCCCAUGAACUUAGUCGACUUGGAAGAAGCACGGACUAUCGAAAGCGCUGUCGGUUUAGCGCAACGUGCCCUAGAAGAAGCUACUAGUUUUGCUCGGCAUUCUGCCAAUCGUAGAAGCAGGGAACGCCAGAGAUAUCAGGAAAGCUCGCCACCCUUAUCUAGGCGAUCUAUUGAAGAACGCAAUAAUAGUGGAUAUGGCUCCCGACCCACAGUUCUCAGACCUGGCCAGUCGCAGUCGUUGUACGGUUGGGCCCCACUGACUGCCUCCGCCUCUCAAGAAGCCACAUCUUCACAAGCUGCUCCAAGAACCACCACGUCAUCUUCGUCAUUCGAAAGUUUAUUACGAAGAGAAAUCUUGCCUCCCCGUGCUCCAAGUCCUCCCAGAAGACGUCAACCGCAGGCGAAUUCCGCUAAUGCAGCUCCCGGUUCCACGCCUCCACCACCUCGACAGCCCCGCCAAUAUUCAUUAGUCGGUGAAAGAGUAGAUCGUGGAACUGGCCAAUCGACAAGUCCCUACCUGUCGCCACUACCGCCAAGAAGAUGGCAAGAUUGGCUAGACGCCAUGAACGGCCUUGAUGACGAACAAGAGGCGACCACACCUGUGCAGCCACCAGCUCAAACCCAACGUCAACCUUCCAGCAGAGGGAGCCGAACCCAGAGUGCUAGUGCUGCCCUUUUGCGAGAGGCUGCGCGAAGCAGUAGAAAACAGCCCAUCGAGGAAGCCAUUAAAUAUCUUACUCGAAUUCAAGAUAAGGGCUUCCAUUGGACGAUUGAUGAGGCUGAAGGAUUGAUUUCGUGCAUAUAUGGGAACAAAGUUCCUGAAGACUGUUUGGAUUUCAUCACUGACACCAGCACUUUAUAUGUCGCCCCAACUUCGUGGCUGACGGCUGGGAGCAUAUACACGGGUGCCCAGUACGCUACUCAUCAGAAACAACCACCAAGUGCCACUUUUCGUGCAACCGAUGCUUCUACCCCGGCCGGCGACGGAAAUAGCGACGGCGACGGAAGUACGGGCCAGCCCUCUGCUCCUGCAGCCGCAGCCGCAGCCAAUGACAGGAAGGAACCAGAAGAACACUGGAACGUUGCCGUUGUGAUACAGGAGGUAGAUCAUGCGCGUAACCGCAUAUCCGGGUCCAUGCGAGCCUACGACGUGCCAGAUACACAGUCUCCGACGGGUACCAGCAGCAUCAACACAUUCUGGGAAGGAGAGAUCAUCGAUUUUCAUACGAACGGACUCGAAACUCUCAACUCAAUAAUGCCAAGCAGUGCCCGGAUAGAUGGGAACUAUUGGAAGAAGCUGGAGCCUUUUGCUGGGUAUAGUGAUUCGGAACUGUCGCAGAAGUUGACAAGCAAGCGGUUUUUGGAGAAUCUAGCGGAGAACUAUGUUCUGAUGAGGUGGAAAGAACAAUGCUUCGUCGAGCCUGGCUCUCAAGACUCUGGUUUAACUAUUACGGGUUUUUACUUCGUGAGCCUCUCGAGGAGCACUGGCCACAUCGAGGGAUACUAUUACGACCCGCACAGCGCUCCGUACCAGAGAUUAGAGCUUACUUCAACUCCGAAGCGCUAUUUCCCGGCUUACGAUUUCCGAUGA